AUGACAAUGAAGUCUGGAGUAAUGCGUUUUUUGGCGCUUUACUGCCUGAUUCAAGUCCUGGAUGCUGCUUAUUUUUCGCAGUUUUCCAUGCGCGCGCCCGACCAUGAUCCUUGCCAUGAUCACACCGGUCGACCAGUUCGUUGUGUUCCAGAAUUCAUCAACGCUGCGUUUGGCAAACCGGUGAUCGCCAGCGACACAUGCGGAAUCAAUAAACCGACCAAGUUCUGUACUGUGAAAGAAGGACCUGAUGGAAUCAUUCGAGAAUCCUGCGAAAUGUGCGAUGCUAGAGAUUCCAAGUUGGCUCAUCCGGCAUCACUUCUAACCGAUUUGAACACAUUGGGAAAUAUGACCUGCUGGGUUUCUACACCAAGUCUUAGCCCACAAAAUGUUACCCUCACUUUAUCGCUUGGAAAGCAAUUCGAACUCACCUAUGUUUCAAUGCAUUUCUGCUCAAGACUUCCCGAUUCGAUGGCUCUCUAUAAAUCUGCCGACUUUGGCAAAACAUGGACCCCGUUCCAGUUCUAUUCCUCCGAGUGCCGCCGGGUAUACGGUAAAGACCCGGAUGUGAAAAUCACCAAGCAAAACGAGCAGGAAGCGGUUUGCACCGCAUCCCAUAUCAUGGGACCAGGCGGAAAUCGUAUCGCGUUCCCAUUUCUUGAGAAUCGACCAUCCGCGCAAAAUUUUGAGAACUCACCUGUCCUCCAAGAUUGGGUAACUGCCACUGAUAUCAAGGUCGUCUUCACAAGAUUGAGCCCCGAUCAGGCGGAACUCUAUGGGCUUUCCAAUGAUGUGAAUUCAUAUGUAAACGAAACCGACGAUGAUGUCAAACAGCGAUAUUUCUAUUCGAUGGGAGAGCUUGCCGUUGGCGGCCGAUGCAAAUGCAACGGUCAUGCAAGCCGUUGUAUAUUCGACAAAAUGGGAAGAUAUACUUGUGAUUGCAAGCAUAAUACAGCCGGAACUGAAUGCGAAAUGUGCAAACCGUUCCACUUUGAUCGACCAUGGGGCCGAGCAACUUCAUCGAGUGCCAACUCUUGUGUUGCGUGCAAUUGCAACCAACACGCCAAACGAUGCCGUUUUGACGCGGAGCUCUACCGAUUGAGUGGAAAUAGAAGUGGAGGUGUCUGUCUCAACUGCCGUCACAACACUGCUGGAAGAAACUGCCAUUUAUGCAAGCCUGGAUAUGUUCGUGAUAUGUCUGUUCCCAUGACCCAUCGUAAAGCCUGCAAAUCAUGCGGAUGCCAUCCCGUCGGAUCACUUGGAAAGAGCUGCAAUCAAUCUUCUGGACAAUGCGUUUGCAAGCCUGGAGUAACUGGAACCACCUGCAACCGUUGCGCGAAGGGUUACCAACAGAGUCGCUCCACGAUCACACCAUGUAUCAAGAUUCCCACCAAAGCCGAUUUCAUUGGAACAUCGCAAUCGGAAGAGCAAGAUAAAUGUUCGAAGUGUCGUGUUGUGCCGAAGCGUCUGAACCAAAGAAAGUUCUGCAAGCGUGACUAUGCUCUUCAAAUCGUUGUGGUGAGCAGAGAAAUGGUGGAUGGCUGGGCGAAAUACAAGAUUGUUACCGAAUCGGUCUUCAAGAGAGGAAUGGAAAACCAUCAACGCGGCGAAUCAACCCUAUGGGUUUCUCCAGAAUCGGUCGCAUGCAAAUGCCCGAAAUUGCGCAUCGGGCGUCGCUACGUUCUUUUAGGAAAGAACGAUUCGGAUCAUCAUCGCGAUGGAAUUAUUGUUAAUGGACAUACAUUGAUGGUUGAAUGGGACGACGAGAUCAUGGAAAAAGUAAUGCGUUUCUCAAAGAAGGACAAACUCGGACAAUGCCCGAUGCCUUCACAUAGAUACUAA